GGGGGAGGGGAAGAGGUGUCUCGGCCCCGGAAACGGAAGUGAGCGGUUUGGCCGGCCGACGGGAGCAGGUUCGGAGCAUCGCACAGAGCUGUUUCCAAGAUGAACUCCAGAGGCCUUGGGUCGGAGCUGAAGGACAGUAUUCCAGUGGCGGAGCUCUCUGCCAGCGGGCCUUUCGAGAGCCACGAUCUCCUCUGCAAAGGGUUUUCUUGUGUGAAAAAUGAACUUUUGCCCAGUCACCCUCUUGAAUUAUCAGAAAAAAAUUUCCAGCUCAACCAGGACAAGAUGAACUUUUCCACGCUGAGGAACAUCCAGGGUCUGUUUGCUCCCCUGAAGUUACAGAUGGAGUUCAAGGCAGUGCAGCAGGUUCAGCGGCUCCCGUUUCUCCCGAGCUCAAACCUCUCACUGGAUAUUUUGAGGGGCAACGAUGAGACCAUUGGUUUUGAGGAUAUUCUUAAUGCUGCUCUGCCCAUGUCGGUGUGUGGGUCCCUGGGUUCCUGCCCGUGUCGGCGCGUCAGCCCCUGGGUUCCUGCCCGUGUGGGCGCGUCAGCCCCGGGGUUCCUGCCUGUGUAG